AUGAAUCUACCUGGAGCUACAGAUAGUGUUUAUUACGAAGACAUUCCUUCUGGACAUCUAAAUGACGAUGACUUCUUUUGUACCGAGAAGAUUGUACCCAGAAAAAUAAAGCCACAAAACAUCGUAAUCAGACUUAUGAAUAGAGAAAUUUAUGGUUCUCGUAAACCGGGAUCGCACUUUCAUGUAGUCCGCGAAUUCUAUCAAAAUGUUUUUCCUAAUUUAACAAUAGUUAAUGUAGAAAAACCACCCUGUUUCCUGCGAAAGUUCAGUCCAGAUGGUAAACAUUUUAUCGCUUUUUCAGCGGAUCAGACAUCCCUUGAGAUAUAUGAAUACAGAGGGGCUGCGGCUGCUGGUGAUCUAGUUGCUGGAUAUCCAUCAGAUUUAUUAAAUGCAGACGCUGAUGCACAUCAUAGAAUCAGGACACACAUAUUUUACAGAUUUUUUAAGCCCAAGUUUACAGUUAAUGUAUGCCAACAAAGAGUUAUUGGAAGACAUGAAAGAAAUGCAGGGCAGUUGCCGUUUAUCGAACAACAAUUGAAUAGAGAAUGUAGUCUAUUCACUGAAGAUGGUAGAUAUGUCAUAGUAGGCUCGGCAGCUCAUAUUCCUGAUGAUUUAAGACCACAUUUUUACAAUAUACAUAGUAACAAUGAAGCUGUUACACCAACCAUUAGGUCAGCACUAGAAGAUUAUUCUCUACAUUUAGUGGACCUUCAUCAUGGUAAACUAUGUGACACAAAACACUUUAGGACAGAUAAAAUAUAUCUUUCACAUAAUCAGGGUAUAUAUUUAUACAAAGAAGUAUUAGCUGUCCUUUCUGUACAGCAUCAAACAAUUCAUUUAUUUCAAAUCGUGGAAGGAAUGUUAAUAGAAAUAAGAAAAAUAGGAAGAUUCUGUUAUGAUGACGAUCCAUUUAUAGUAAGUUCAGUAUUUGCGCCUUUAAUGAAUGAGAGACCAUUCCACGAGGGAACCAUCAAUAGUUUAAAACACAGGCUCCUUGUAUUUUUAUUCAAAAGGGCUAAAUCUAUAAGCGAUGAGACAAAAGACCCUCUUGAACUCAGAAAGUUUUACAAAUAUUUUGAUAUGUUUAAAAGUUUAAGAAUGUGGAAGAUGCAGUUAUUGGAUGAAGACCACCUUUUUAUAAAAUAUGCCAGUGAAGAAGUGGUAACACUAAGAGUGGCAGAGCCUAACAGUCAGUCUUCAUUUUUUGUUAUCUACAAUAUAAGUGAAAGUAAAAUAUUGGAAGUAUAUGAGAAUACUUCAGAAGGACUGCUGCAGUUGUUUGAAAAUUACUGUGAUUGCUUCAGGAAUGCCCGGUUAUGUGCCGAUUCACAGUUUACAUGUUCACCAUCAAAUAAUCUGUUUGCCAGGUUGACUCAACAAAGAUUCAAGCAGACUAUAGUGAGAGCAAUUUAUGGUGGUAGGACUGAAGCUACUAAGAGGAUUUUAGCUCAAUUGCCUAUAAGUGCACAGUCGUAUAGUGGUUCUCCUUAUUUAGACCUUGGCUUGUUUAGUUAUGAUGAUAAAUGGGUGUCUGUAAUGGAACGACCCAAGGCAUAUGGAGAAUAUCCCAUUAGGUUUUACGCGCGUGACUCGGGACUAUUAAAAUUCAAGAUAUAUGCGGGAGUCCUAGGGCAUUUGCAAAUUGCUUUGCCAUAUACAGAUAUAAUAGGAGAAGGUGACGUUGUAUCGCUUGUUUUUCCUGAUGGUACCGUGCAAUUCUUUUUUAUCCCUACACAAAGACGAGAUAGACAGUACCCAUAUCCGUUUCGUCCAGCUUCUAAUAGCCCUUUACCAUGGUCUGUCCGUACAGAGGCGUGGUUCAUACGGAAAGUAUCCGCUCCAUUGAAUCCGAGUAUGAUGCAAGAGAGUAUACCAUAUGGAGAUCCAUUUUUAAGGUCAUAUUAUAUAUCCAAGGGUGACGUGGAUCUUCAGCAAAAUUACUAUCAGAAGUUCCAUAACGAUAACGUUACAUCGACCACCGAUAUCCAUUAUUUUUACCCAAAUUUACGCAAAAGCUAUUUGAAACAAUCUGCAAUGGUGCAAGUUGAAGUUCCACCGACCUUGAAUAGUUGCAGUCAGACCGGGCGUAUUUCUAAAGAGCGUUGUUUCGCACUUAAAGGAAAACCUAGGGUACAUUUCUGUGGGCCCAGUAUGAUCGACACAAGCAGUGCUAUGUCGAUCGACGAUGAAACGCAAACCAGGAGGCGACGGCGCAAAAAUUCAAAAGUGAGAUUUAAAUAUCCUAACAAAGGGCGUGCGCGUGAUUCUUGCUGUUGUAGCGAAAAGGAUAUCAAACAGACAAAUGAAAAGGUUGAUAAAAUGGUGUCCACCUUCACGGAUCAAGCUGUCAGUUGUGCAGAUUCCAAUAGCCCAUUGCGCAAACAGGAUUCCGCAGACGACAGUAAAACAAAGGUUUUGAAGAAAAGCAAGUCGCAAAUGUCCUGCGACAGCAGCUGUUGCGACACCUGCUUUUACUGCGUGACCGAUUGUAGCUCAGAUUGUUGCCGAUAA